AAAUUCAACAGAUCAUGGCGGUAGCGAAACGACUUGCGCGCAGCUGAAAAGUUUACGAUUGAGUUCUGCAGGAGACCGGAAUUAUCCCCGCUUCUCUCAUCAAAAUUAUCAUUAUCAAUUAAAGUGUUUUCUUAAAAUCCUAAUACUAUCAGUGCUCUCAACGCAGCGUCGUACACGUGCUGGUUCUCUGCGGUUGCUCUUCAUGUGUUUGCCCAUCUCAUGAACACUUUGUUUUCCUUUUGUGUGAGCGCUCAACGCCUCAACGGUGCAUAAAACCUCUAACAUUGUGCAAUUUUCACCUUUUAAUGUCUUCUACAAUUGUUCCCAGUAGUGCCACUGGUAUACAUAAUGGAAAAUCUAGAAACAAAUGCCGUGAAAGAACCAGACCUAGUGGCCAACGCUGAUCUUUUAGCAUUAGCUGCGCCAGAAUCUUUCCAUGAGUCUGCUAACUCAACUGCGCAAGGAAAUUUUCAGUCCACUACGCCUGAGAAAUCUAUGACAGUGGAUACGUUCAAUAUGGAAUCAGCCAUCAUGUCUGCUCCUGCGGGGCAAAGUCUUUCUGGUAUCAACAUGAAUUUCUUUGUUGGGCUUAGAGCUGAAUUACUUCCUAAUAGUGGUGAUGUUUGGUACCCAAUUACGAUCUUGGACAUGGAUGUUGAGGAAAGGGAAGUACUUUGUCAUUAUGAAAAUUCGCAAAGUUCUGAUGAGUGGGUUUGUGUAGACAGUUGUCGAAUUAGACCAAUUACGGUUAAACCAGCAGUCAAACCAGAGUUUCAAAUCAAUCAAAAAGUCAUGGCAACUUGGAAUGACAACCGUAAAUUCCCUGCUGUUGUGAAGACAAUUUUUCCUGAUGGUUCAUAUGAAGUUCUUUUCAUGGACGGUUUCAAAAAAACGUUGAAACCCCACAAAUUGACAAAAUUCACCAGGAAAGAUCAAGAACAUUUUCAGAAGAACUACACGCAGACAAUACCCUCAACACCGCCAAUUGUCAUACCAAGCGCGCCCUUUGGCUCAGACAUGUUAUCCAAAGAGGAACGUCGCAAACGGAAACGCAAGCUCAAUGUCAAAGACCUCUUCACGGACCACCGUAAAAAAACCAAACAAGAUGACUCCUUAGUAGUAAAGAAAGCGGCAGGUGAUGAAGCUAGUUUAAAAAUGGUCAUCAGCAGGAAGAAGCCUGAUGAAUCAGUUGUGAUGAACUCACCUCUCGAAAACAGUGCGAGUCAGAUGAACUAUUCAUCUCUUGUGACUGCAACGCCACCGAGUAAUAACAGUCCAAUUGAAGAUGAGAGUUCUGAUGGACACAAGAGAAAACGAAUUAAAAAUAGGAAAGCUGACUAUGAUUAUGAAACCAGUACUUUUGCAUCCACCAAGAAGUCUGCAGAUAAUUCUGCACAACCAAUUCUGUACAGUGCCAAACCAGCGGCUGUAAGGCAGCCACUACCCUCCGAUGGAGCUCCUCCUAGUGAAGUGCCGUAUCAAAGAAUUCCAAAACUGGUUAUCGAUAAUAAAUUGCCACCUGGUUGGUCGAAAUACUGUGUUCUGAAGAAGUGUGGAACCAAGUAUGAUGUUUAUAUUCAGAGUCCUGAGGGGCGAAAGUGCCGAUCUAGAAAUGAAAUCCAAGCAAUUUAUCAUGAAAAAGGUGAAGUUUGGCCCAUGGAAAAGUUCGACUUCAUGCUUGGAGAGAGCAGCAAACGAAAAUUCAAGAAGAAACAUCGAAGAGACAGUCAAGGCAACAUAUUAUCGGUGAAGCUACCGUUUCACAAACCAGAGAGUUCGCUCAACAAGACCCCUCUUGGAAGUUCCACCCCUGUUUCCACGCCUAUCGAUCCUGGACGCAGAAUAAAAACUCUGCUCCCCAAAGCGAAAAUAGUUGAACCUGCACCUGCUACACCUGUUGCGCCAGUACCUGCUGUGGUAUCCACUCCGAUCUCAAGCUCAAGUGAAUCAGGAUCUGCUGCAGGAACUGGUGGAACCUCUGGUGCCUCGGCAACAACUGGCAGCGGGGGUGCUGGAUGCAUCUGUCCCAUCCAGAAUUGUGGCAAACUGUUCAGGAGUGAAAACUACUUGGCGAUGCAUGUAAAACAUUACCAUGCAGAGUACAAUCAGAUUCUAGGCACAACUCCCAAUGUUGCUGAUCUUGCCUAUGCCCGAACUGUGGGUCAAUCUAUAGACGAUGUGUCUCCAUCGACAUCCUUUUUGGAUAAAUUGAACCAGCUCGAGAAGCAGAAAGCAGCUGCCUCUCAAUCACCAGCAUCUGCUGUGUCUCCCCAGUCAGUGGUUUCAAUCCCAUCUCCAUCUCGCAAAAAACCAGAGAACGAAGUUAAUGACGAAAGAAUUCUGAUUACGGAUGAGAGAAAAGUUAUACCUCCGCCGCCGAGAAGAAUCUCAGAACCAUGCCAGUCAAUAAAACCUUGCAGUAAUGAUUCGCCUGAUUCGGAGAAUAAAGAGCCCACGGUCCUCAGCCUAGAACCAUCACCUCCAGUACCGGCAGAGCCUGAUUCUGAAAGAUACACGAUGAAUGGUAUUGCGAAAAAACAACCAAUGGCAGCAGAAAUUCCCAAGAGACGAAGGUUCAGCAAAUAUGGCAGUAGUUCCUUGGAUGGUGACAGUGCCAGUGUGUCAGGAAAAACUGGAAAGAAACGAACUACAUCCACGAGUAAAUCAUCCACUGUGUCUGAUUACAAUGAGAGUUCUCUUGAUGCCUCCGAGUCAGGAACAGAAAGUAGCAGUGUGAUCGUCUCAAAGAUUGAGCAGUUAAAGAAGGAAGAAGUGAUAAACUGCACUUGUGGCUAUAAAGAAGAGGAUGGUCUUAUGAUUCAGUGUGAUUUAUGCCUGUGCUGGCAGCAUGGUCAUUGUAACGACAUUGAAACAGAGGAUGAAGUUCCUGAAAAGUAUAUAUGCAAGAUUUGCUUGAAUCCAGCAAAACAGCGACUAUCCAGGAAGUACACUUACAACCAAGACUGGCUCAAAGAAGGAACGCUGCCUAGGUUUUCAUUUAGACCCAGAAAUAAUCCUGAACUCGUUCAUCGAGAGUCCCUGUUGAAAAGAUCUCAUAGUGUUACCGCCACAUUAGUUCAAUUAGAAACUGUCCUGCAUAGCUUACAAGCUAAAAUUAAUGUCGCAGAAAAAACAGAUCAUCCUAAGUUAUAUCUGUGGUCCAAACCUUGGAAUGAAGAUAAACUGAGCAAAGAGAAAGUAAAACAAGAAAUUAAAGAAGAGCCCGAUUUAAAUUUUGGCGAAGGAGCGCCACUUGCCGCAGGCAACAUCCCUGGUCCUGAACCUGAAGCUCCCAUAGAUCCAAUCGAAUGUCGGCAAAGGCUGUUAGACCACAUCGAUAACUACCAAAAUCAGGUCGAAUCAAGACUUACUUCUUUAGAGGCGCAAAUAGCUGCACUAGAAUCCGAAGAUCCUGACUUGGCCAAUGAUGAAACUCCAGACUUCUAUCCACAAACCAAGCAAACAAUCCAGAUGGUGAUGAAAGAUCUUCAGACAGUUCGUCGGAUCGCAACUCUCAGCUGAUGCCCCCAAUUUAUUGAACUCUAGUUUUCCUCUUCUUGUAGCUCUUCCACUGUUUCAAUUUAUUAAUUUUGUUAAUUUAGUAUUUUCUAAGUAAAGGGUUGGUUUUCCCCAACUCUAGUUUAAAUACUGCUUCUGUUCAGAGAUAAAAUGCAAAACUAUUGAUCUAAAAGAUACCCGUCAGUUUUAGUUACAGAGAUACUUAUCAGGCACACUAACUAGAGUUGGUGAAAUCAUCGCCUUCCUGACAUAAGAGCAUAACUACAUUGUAGGGUGUCCCACUUUGAGGGUCACCUCCGAAUUUUGAUGAUGGUACCCUCUAAAUCGUUGACCCCACUUAUAAAAAUAAGAUUGCACUAAAGAAAAAAA